AUGGAGGACGCCCAUAGAAAGAUCGAGCUGCAGUCUCGCGACGACCUCGCGUACCUGCUCAACAACGUCCGGCGCGCCGCGCAGGAACAGCUCGACAAUGCGUUCCCGCACAUCGAGGGCAGCAAUGCGCAAGAGGACGAGCUGCGGGCGCCUAUUGAGCGUCUGGUCAACGAGUACAUCAACAAAACCUUCACCUACGCAGCCCCAAACCUCUCCAUAAACGGCAUGGACACCGACCCCGCCACCUUCCUCUCCUCCUCCACCACACCCUCCGACGACCCAGAAGAAGCCUACGAACCCUGGGACGCCCGCCUCCGCCAGCGCGUCGAAGACCUCGCCCGCGAAGAAGAGGACCUCUUCAACGAGAUCGCCGCCCUGAAAAAAACCGUGCCCGGCGCCAUCGCCGCAGCAACGACAAACGAAUUUAAAGCCGCCGCCGCGGCGGACGAGGCCGCCUUUGAGGCCGCAAAGAAGGCAAAAGAGGACGAGGCGAGGGAGCUGGAGGCGGAGGUGCUGCCGCUCGAGGCGAUGGAGAGGAGGGGCGAGGUGAAGGAGGCGUUUGGGGGCGCGGUGGGCGGGUUAGGGAGGUUGAAGAAGAGUAUGCCUGCUACUGUUGCCAAGAUGGAGAGGGCGAGGGUUGCGGGGGAGUAUACUGUCACGGAACGGUCGUAA